GCACCCUGGCUGCUGGUCGGCUCGGACGACGCUGCCAUCGUGGUGUUCGCGCCCGGUGAGGACGGCGCGUACGCCGCGACGCUGCGCCUAGUCGGCCACGAGGACUGGGUGCGCUGCCUAGAUGUCGCGGUCGUCGGCGGCGACCUGCUGCUCGCCUCUGGGGGCCAGGACGCCACGAUCCGCGUGUGGACGGUGCGCGAGGCCGACGACGCGGCGGAGCAGCCCGACCUGCUCCGCCUGCGCAGCCAGACGGUAGCGACGCGCGACCGCUGCGGCCGGCCGCUGCUGCUCACCGUCACGCUCGAGUCGGUGCUCUCCGGCCACGAGGGCCGCGUGUACGGGCUGCGCUGGCGGCCGCGUGCCAUGGACGGCGCGCUGCUCGUGUGGGAGCGCGACGCCGCCACCGGCGUCUGGGUGGAGGCGGCGCGGCUCGGCGCCGUCGGCGGCAGCGGCUUGGGCUUGCUCGGCUGCGCGUGGAGCCCGCGUGGCGACCGGCUGGCGGCGCAGGGCCAGCGCGGCGCGCUGCACGUCUGGGCCGAGGCCGAGCCGGGCCUGUGGCGACCGGCCGUGCCGUGCGGGGGCCACGCCGGCCCCGUCAGUGACCUCGCCUGGGCACCCGGCGGCGGGUACCUGCUGACCGCGGCCCGCGACCAGACGACGCGCCUGCACGGCCGCUGGGCGUCGGCCGGCUCGUGGCACGAGAUGGGCCGGCCACAGGUGCACGGUCACGACCUGGACUGCCUGGCCGCCCUCUCCGACGCGCGCUUCGCAUCCGGGGCGGAGGAGAAGGUAGCGCGCGCGUUCGCCAUGCCGGUGGCAGUGCGCGAGCGCUGGCGACGCUGGUGCGGCCCGGACGCCGCGCCGCCGCCGGAGGAGGCACUGCCCGAUGGCGCCGCCGUGCCCUCGCUCGGGCUCAGCAACAAGCCCGUGUUCGCCACCGAGGAGACGGCGCAGCCGAUGGCGCGCCGCGACCAGCCGGCGGACGCAUGCUUCGUGCGGCCGCAGCUGCGGGCGCCGCCCACCGAGGAGACGCUCCUGCAGGACACGCUCUGGCCCGAGCUGCGCAAGCUCUACGGCCACGGCUUCGAGCUGCUGGCGAUGGCGGCCAGCGGCGACGGCCGGCUGCUGGCCACGGCGUGCCGCGCUGCGCACCCGGAGCACGCCGCCGUCCUGCUCUGGGAGACGGCCGACUGGCGGCAGGUCGGUGCGCUCGGCGGCGUGCACCAGCUGUCCGUGGUGCAGCGCUUCUCUCGCCCGACGACCGCCGGCCUGCUGACCGUGUCGCGGGACCGCACCUGGUCCGUGUUCGAGCGCUUGGAGUCCGAGCCGCCGGCGGAAGGGUCGGAACGGGUGGCGCCGCUGUACAGGCUGGCCGCGCGCGGCGUGCGCGCGCACUCGCGCAUCAUCUGGUGCUGCGCCUGGCUGCCGGACGGCGGUGGUUUCGUGACCGGCUCGCGCGACGGUCAGCUGCUGCGCUGGCGUCCAUCCGGGUCCGUGGUUCGCUAG